CCUCUCUAGACAUGUUACGCUCUGCAGUCUCGCGUGUGGCUCGCUCAGCUGCCCAGACGCGCCAUGCAACUACCCUCUCCGCUGGUUUCCCGAAGGUCACUUCGAGACAACCAACAAAAUAUGGCGGCGUCUACACUGUGACGCUAAUUCCCGGUGACGGUGUCGGCGUAGAGAUCACAGAUUCCGUGAAGGAAAUCUUCGAAGCCGUCAAUGCACCCAUUGAUUGGGAUCAAUACAAUGUAUCCGGAAUGUCAUCCACUGGUGAAGACCUGUUCAAGCAGGCAAUGGACAGUCUGAAGCGUAACAGAGUCGGUCUGAAGGGUAUUCUUUUCACACCAAUUUCUACCACGGGCCACAUUUCUUGGAACGUUGCCAUGCGUCAGCAGCUCGACAUCUAUGCCUCCGUCGUUCUUUGCAAAUCCCUGCCAGGCGUCCCUACUCGCCACCAAAAUGUUGACUUUGCCAUCAUUCGAGAGAACACGGAGGGUGAAUACUCCGGUCUUGAGCACCAGAGUUAUCCUGGAGUUGUCGAGAGCUUGAAGGUAUCCACUCGAGCGAAGGCUGAGCGUAUUGCACGUUUUGCCUUCGAUUUCGCGUUGAAGAACAAUCGAAAGAAAGUCACUUGUGUACACAAGGCAAACAUUAUGAAACUUGGUGAUGGUCUUUUCCUGAACACCUUCCGCGAAGUGGCAAAGGAAUACGGAAGCUCUGGAAUCAGUGCAAAUGACAUGAUUGUUGACAAUACAUCAAUGCAACUUGUAGCAAAGCCCGGUCAGUUCGACGUGAUGGUCAUGCCCAAUCUUUACGGUGCCAUCGUUUCGAACAUCGGUGCUGCGCUUGUUGGUGGUCCUGGAACAGUCCCAGGUUGUAACGUCGGACGGGAAUAUGCGCUUUUUGAGCCGGGGUGCCGACACGUCGCGCAAAACCUCAUGGGAACAAACAAAGCAAACCCGACAGCGAUGAUCCUCAGUGCAACUAUGAUGCUUCGCCACCUCGGUCUCGACCACAUCGCGAACAACAUUGCCAGUGCGACAUUUGACGUGAUUAACGAGGGCAAGAUCCGCACAUUAGACAUGGGCGGUUCGGCGACGACGUCCGAUUUCACGUCUGCUAUUAUUAAAAGGCUGUGAACUCAGCAGCUGCAACGCUUUUCUUCAUUGUCCUCUAAUCGGUAGAGUCCAUUGCAUCAUUCCUUUUGCACGCUAGAGACUGGAUAAUACCACACUGUUAAUCCAUACAUCUGCAUUUUUAUCAAUUGUGACUAGAUUGCCA